CUUGUUGACAUCCUAUCACAUGCAUUUUAGACCUACGUCACCAUAAGAGCAGACAGACCGUUGCUUGGUUGAAAGCGGUAGUAGUGUACGACGCGCGUAAAGGAUGCAGUGCGUGUGGCGCGUCACCGCACCUACACAUAUAUGAAUUGAUAAAUAGACGCAGUGAAGAGAGGUCGUCCACUAGCAAAGUACGGCGGUGAUAUUCGGCUGGGCAUGCGGGUUGUACACAGGAAAGCCCGGCCAACACCCGUCAACCACGGGAUGAUUAAACCUAUCAGAAUCUGUGCAAUCCUUGCCUGUGUGUGCGCUAUUGCGUCUGGCUUUCCCGUUGGAGACAUCACAGUCAGGCGUCAUCCAGAAUCUUCAAGACGAUGGUCAACAGUGAAGCGGGGAAGGGAUAUGGUUGACGCUUGGGCACUCUGCCCGCCCGACAUGGAGCAGAUGGAUUGUUUCUAUACCUAUCUCCGUUUGUACGCCCGACUCCGCAAAGCAGCGCGGGAGACGGACCAGGUGUCCAUGAGGAACAUCGGUAAACGGAGCUCAUCCGACUUCUUGUGUGCUGACAUGGAGGACAGACGGAAGUGCUUCAGUACAAUUUUACAACCCAACUUAAAGAGCAAACGUUCAGGAAUCUUUUUGCCUUGACGCCAAACUGGUCCCGCGGCUUGAACCUGUUGCAGCAAAUGGUUGGUCAUCAUUCGUUUGGACUGAAGACCAUUUGUUCUGAAGAUGGCGUUUUCUGUCGGUGAAGGAGUACCAUGGACUAACAUUUGUGGACCUUUUAAAUUCCGAAUGUGUGAUCUGUUGGAUUUGUUGAAAUUGCUCCUGAAUUAUUUGCAGUGCUAAUGUUUUGUGAAUUUAUGAUUCAGAUGUCUGAGAAAUAUCAUCACUGACCCUCACCUCCCCUCCCAUUGCAGUUCAUCAGUGCAAAGUAUUCAAGUUCCUCAAAAUCAGGACACUGAUUUGUGUACAGACAGCCAUUGUCGCCUUGACAUUGUUCUUUUAACAUCUGAAGUUUACAUUUGGAAUCCUAUGCUAGCUGAUAAGAAACUAUCACCAAGAAACCUUCACCUUUCACGUGCCUAGUCUGUACUUAUUACUGUAUGCUGAUUUUCGUUUGAUUGAUUUUAACAAGAAAAAUGGUAAUAAAAGAGAAAUCGAACCCAUGCUGCAACAAAA